UAGUUAUCAGUCAGUUAAUUUACCUAAUUGUAGCUUCCACAUAUUUUUCAACAUUACGCUUGUUUACUUGAAUGUACGUUUCCCGAAAUAACAUCUCGGUUUAAGCAAUGUCUUCAUCAAAGCGAGGGAUUUUAGAGCGUCUUGAUGCAGGCGAGGUUAUCGUAGGAGAUGGGGGCUUCUUGUUCUGUAUGGAGAGAAGGGGCUAUGUAAAAGCGGGAGUGUGGACACCAGAAGCUACAGUGGAGCAUCCAGAAGCAGUCCUACAGCUGCAUAGAGAGUUUCUCCGGGCAGGCGCUGAUGUGAUGCAGACCUUCACUUUCUACGCCAGUGAUGACAAGUUACGAAAUCGUGGUAAUACGGCUUCCGAGACGAUUGGGUGUGAGCGCAUCAAUCAAGCCGCUUGUGAUCUCGCGCGUCAAGUGGCCAACGAGGGCGAUGCCCUCGUUGCAGGUAACAUCUGCCAAACACCCUCAUAUAUGUCAGGACUUGGUAAAGAAGCUGUUCAGAAAGAGUUCCAGCAACAAAUCGACAUUUUUGUCAAGAAUGACGUGGAUUUUCUGAUCGGAGAGUUGUUUUUUUAUGUAGAGGAGGCAGAAUGGGCCCUUGAAGUAAUGAAGACCACAGGAAAACCGAUUGCCAUGUGCCUUAAUAUCUGUUCUGCCGGAGAUUUGGAGGGAGUGUCUGUUGAAGAGUGUGCUGUGAGAAUCGCUAAAGCAGGUGCUGACAUGAUAGGUGUCAAUUGUUACUAUGACCCGGACGUGUGCUUGGAAACUAUGAAGAUUAUGAAACAGGCCUUGGAAAAUGAAGGACUCAAACGCCAUUUGAUUGUUCAGCCAAUGGGUUACAAGACACCGGAAUGUCAGGACCACACCAACCCAGCCAGAAGGAUGGGGAUUACAGGACUGGCGGAGUUUCCUUUAGCUAUGGAGACUCGUUUGCUGACUCGUUUUGACAUGUACAAGUACGCUCGUGAAGCUUAUGAUAUAGGUAUUCGAUACAUUGGAGCAUGCUGUGGAAUGGAGCCGUAUCACGUUCGAGCCAUAGCUGAAGAGCUUGCAAAAGAACGAGGUAAAUUACCUCCCGCCAGCGAGAAGCAUUCCCCAUGGGGUGACGCCUUACGGCAGCACACCUAUCCUUGGGUAAGAGCCAGGGCUCGCCGAUCUCACUGGGAAAACUUGCAGCCUACUAGUGGUCGGCCGUUUAGUAGCGCUUUACGCGAGCUGGAUUCUCAGUGGGGAAAUCUUAAGGUGACAGACAAGAAUAUGAUUCAGCAGAAGACUCUGACUACAGAUGAAGAAGUGCAUAAGCUUGCAGCACGCGCAGAAACGCACUAGCACUCAAGCCUGAAACUGAGUAUUCGUGUUCAGAUUGCAAUAAUCUUGGCUUGUUCCAAGUCUUACCUUGCUGAGUCAGCUUACUAAAUAGGUUUUUGAAGGGACAUUAAAUGCCUUAUUGCGUGAUCAGAUUUUUUGUUAAAACGCUAAAAAAGAAAGAGUUUGUCAUAAUUUAGGAUUUGAUCCAUGGGAUUACUGGGUAGUUAUAAAUUUUAAUUGGGAACUAUCUCAAUGAACUUCUUCACAUAAACUCGUUUAGCUUAAUUAUAGCGGUGUCUUAAUCACUGACACGCCUUUGGUGUGCUAUGGUUAUUCGCAGAAGCGCCAAUGCCUUGACAUCUGAAAAUUAAAUAAAAAUUAUGAAAGUGUGCUGUAAGAGUUAAAAGAUGCAUAAUAAAAGAUGACAUUUUUUACCUUU